AUGAAUUUAUCGUGGCACCGUGGAACGGUUUUGCCUACAAAAAAUAAGCUGGAUUUACUGCUUGCAUUGGAACAUGGAGUUGAAAGAGUAAGGCUUUGGCAAUCAUGGCGACAAGUUGUAAUCUGGGCCUUACUAACGAUUUACUUCAUUUUCGACAUAUUCGCUUUAAAUUGUGCUACUUGCGCGAGUUUGAUUUCUUUCUUUAUGCGAUAUGAUAUAGUUUAUUCAACGACGUAUAUGGUCGAGAUCACAGUUCUUUUCAUUUGUUUAUUGAAUUUAUUAGUGCGUCUUUUCGAAGCGGCAAAAUAUUCUUACUGUAUUACGAGGAGUACACCAUCGAAACUUACAUCACAGCAAGUUUCUUCACGUGGGACCACUGAUCAAAGCGGCUGCAGCAUUUCAUCAUCUCCACCGUCAAAUCGGAAUUUUAUCACACAGUGGCUUUCAGCUUUACAUUUUGGCAAAGGAGCAACAUUAUCUCAGAGAAAUUUAUUUUCAUCGAACUACAUAAGACAUAAUCUGACCAGCUCUUCAAUUUCACCAUCGUUUAAUGGUCGCAAGUCAGGAAGUGUGUUUAGCAACAGCACCUUGUUCACGCAUUCAACACCAUUGGUUGAUCAUCACUCGUCAUAUGUAGAAAGACAUUCGAGCCAUUCUGUACCAUUAUCAGCGAAAGUUGGUUCAAGAACAUCCCUUCGCAGUCGUCUGACAUCUUCAAUUCAAACAAGCAAGCAGCUGGAAGAGUAUCUUCAAAAAAGUGCCCGGAACAAUGAAUUAUUCAAAAGUUCCACAACAUCAUUUUCGUCACCAUUUGAUUCAUUAUCACCUCGCGAGUCCGACCAUAUUAUUGGUAUUUCUCAGCCGUUCUCUUUGGCAUCCUCCAGAAAUAAUAGUUACGAAGUUGGAACUGCCAUGUAUGACGAUGAACAAGGGAGAGUGGCAGGCGAUGAAAAUAGUGUUGUUUCGUUAGUAACAGGCAGUCGUAUAACGGUAACUGACAAACGCAUAUCGUUAUCACCAAUUCCACUUAAUUUGAUUGAAGUCGGCAACGAAUUGAGUGCUGAGGAUGGCAAAGGAAUGGCGAGUGAUGGGACAGACGUUACGCGAAAUGCUGAUAAUGAUAGCAUCACGUUUCGUGUAAAUUAUAAUGCUGCAAAGCGGUCACCAAAGAGAGGACAAGGGUUUACUCCUCCGUUAUUUCGUCGAUCAGAAACUUAUGAACCUCGUCGGCAUUCUAGCUCAUCUCUGCAUUCUCAUUCUGCAAACCAACUUUCAAAUGUUGUUCAGUUGAAUGGAAUUAAAAGCAGCCCUACCGGCAAGCGGAUACCAAUCACUUCUUCGGAAAUAUUGAAUCAAUAUAGAAUGGAUGCUGAAGACUUCGCUGUUGCUGAACGUAAUUUACGCUCUUGGAUUUGUCAGACAAUCUUACGUCCGCUUAUUGUAAAAAUUGAUGAAAUUAAUGCUGUCUUUAUAAAGUCUCACGCACAUUUGCAUCUGAAAAUCGGUCACUCAUCUGUAGAGGCGCUUCAAACUGCUGCUUCGUCGAAGUGUGAUCUGCUAAAGUCGGCUCUACCAUACAUUUUACCGUAUCUCAAAAUACAUGAAAGACAAUCUUACUUGAUUAAAAGGUGUCGAGAAUUGUCUGCCGAUGUCUGUAUGAAAAAUUACAAUUGGCAAGGCGGAGGAUAUGAACCUGUUGAAAGGAAAGAAGAAGGCGAGCAGGGUUACUCGCCAACAGAACAUGCUUGGGGCUCGCAUUUACCAACAGACGCCCAGCUUAUUUGGUCUUGGUUUGCAGUUUACAUGGAUGCACGAAUGGGAGCAAAUCCUUUGGUGAGUGAUAUUGAAAUGCCGUUCUCAUCAGUUUUCUACCUGAAAAAGCCUUCAAAGCCAUCAUUGUUGCAGUGUAUGAAAAAGUCUUUCUAUAUUUAUCAGAGCAGUAUUUAUCCUCCACAUUUUGAAUUGGUAUUGGAUGGUGGCCGUGAACGUUUCGAAGUUGAUCGCGGCACAAAAAAUCUUUGGCGAAUAAUAUUGCUUUUUAUACAACAUAUUCGAUUGUUUAACGAAGGACAGCUGGGUAACAUAAAAAUUGAUGAAAACGGGAUCAAUCUUGCUUGUGUUUUGGAGUAA